CUAAAGAAAUCGUUUUCAUAUGGCUAAUGAUUUGACUUAACAACGUGCAUUCGGAAUCGGUACGUGUUUUUUAUUUUCUUAUAAAAGAAUUGAAAGACGUGCUGAGCUGUUACCAUUCCAUUUCUGAGUCCUUCGCUCGGCUAUCUCUCUUCCUUCUCUUAUUACCUUCGUGACCUUCUGUGGUGCAAGCUGUAAAAGAAUGGAAGCUUAUUUGGACACAUCUCGGGUUCAACUCAUUCUUCCUUUGGAUAUCUCUCGUAUAAGUUGUCACCGAAUGUCGCAAUGAUUUAGAGACGGCCACUGCUGCAUUCUUCACCACGCGUCUUCUUUCGCUUCUUCCAAAUCGCUUUCAGAAUUUGGGUCUUUAGGGGUUUUGGGGCCUGAAAAUCGGUGUUCUGCAGCUGGGGUUUUGAGAUCGUAGCUCAAAAUGGCUCCCUCGUUUGAUUGGUGGGGAAAAGACACUCAUAGAGGAACUCCUGUUGUUGUGAAGAUGGAGAAUCCGAAUUGGUCGAUGGUGGAGCUGGAAGGUCCGUCGGAGGAUGAUUUUCUCAUCGCCGGCGAUUCGCCGGCGACUCGGACUAGAGAGAAAGCCCGAGGCAAAAACGCUAAGCAACUCACGUGGGUUCUCCUACUUAAGGCUCAUAAGGCUGCUGGUUGUUUAACUUCCAUUGGCUCUGCAAUGGUGGACCUAGCCGCUGCCGUUAGACGCCGUGUUGCUUCUGGUCGGACUGACGCCGAUGACGCCGACAAUGACGUCUCUGUUGGAGGCAGAGUGAAAGAGAACCCCACUGUGAAAACGAGAUUCUAUUCUUGUAUCAAAGUGUUUCUAUGGCUGUCGGUGCUUUUGUUGGGUUUUGAGAUUGCGGCGUUCUUCAAAGGCUGGCAUUUUGAUACUCCAAAGCUUCAUUUGGAUUAUCUCUGGGCAUCUCAGUGGGGCUUUAAAGGAGUUUUUGAUUGGAUUUACGCUCAAUGGGUAUUGAUUCGAGUGGGUUAUUUAGCUCCUCCUCUUCAGUUCUUAGCCAAUGCCUGUAUCAUAUUGUUCAUCAUUCAGAGCUUGGAUCGUUUAAUCUUAUGUCUGGGUUGUUUCUGGAUCCGAUUCAAGAAAAUCCAACCAGUUCUUAAACCUGGAGAUUUAGACCUUGAAUCCGCCGAAAAGGGCUACUUCCCAAUGGUUCUUGUGCAGAUCCCCAUGUGCAAUGAAAAAGAGGUUUAUCAGCAAUCAAUCGCUGCUAUCUGCAACUUGGACUGGCCUAGAACCAAGCUGCUAAUUCAAGUUCUUGAUGACUCUGAUGAUCCAACAACCCAAUUGCUGAUACAAGAAGAGGUUCAUAAAUGGCAGCAAGAGGGCGCCAACAUUGUUUAUCGUCAUAGAAUCAUUAGAGAUGGUUACAAGGCUGGCAACCUCAAAUCCGCCAUGAAUUGUAGCUACGUUAAAGACUACGAAUUCGUCGCCAUCUUCGACGCCGAUUUUCAACCCACACCUGAUUUCCUUAAAAGAACUGUUCCUCAUUUCAAGGAUAAUGAGGAGCUCGGGCUGGUUCAAGCAAGAUGGUCGUUCGUGAACAAGGACGAGAAUUUACUGACCAGGCUGCAGAACGUUAAUUUAGCUUUCCAUUUUGAAGUAGAGCAGCAAGUAAACAGUGUGUUCCUCAACUUCUUUGGAUUCAAUGGCACUGCUGGUGUGUGGAGGAUCAAAGCCCUCGAGGACGCCGGUGGGUGGUUGGAAAGGACCACGGUUGAGGACAUGGAUAUUGCGGUCCGUGCUCAUCUUCAUGGAUGGAAAUUCAUAUUCCUAAACGACGUCGAGUGCCAAUGUGAGCUACCAGAAUCUUAUGAAGCUUAUAGAAAACAACAACAUAGAUGGCAUUCUGGUCCAAUGCAAUUGUUUCGUCUUUGUCUGCCUGCUAUUAUUCGAUCAAAGAUUAGUAUAUGGAAGAAGUUCAACUUGAUCUUCCUCUUCUUUUUGCUCAGAAAAUUGAUAUUGCCCUUCUAUUCUUUCACACUUUUCUGCAUAAUUCUCCCAAUGACAAUGUUCGUUCCUGAAGCCGAGCUACCCGCGUGGGUCGUUUGCUAUAUCCCAGCCACGAUGUCGUUUCUAAACAUCCUACCUGCCCCAAAAUCCUUCCCUUUCAUUGUCCCUUACCUCCUUUUUGAAAACACCAUGUCAGUUACCAAGUUCAAUGCCAUGAUCUCAGGGCUCUUCCAGCUUGGUAGCGCUUACGAAUGGGUUGUCACGAAGAAAUCGGGUCGGUCCUCGGAAGGUGAUCUUUUGUCGUUGGUAGAGAGAGAGCAAAAGCAUCAAAGAGGGGCGUCGGCACCCGACUUAGAAGAGAUGAAGGAAGAGCUUGAGAAGCAGGAAAAGAAAGCUUCUUUGCGGAAGAAGCAUAACCGAAUAUAUACAAAAGAGCUGGCAUUGGCUUUCCUUCUCUUAACUGCAUCAGCACGGAGCCUUCUGUCUGCUCAAGGGAUCCAUUUCUACUUCUUGCUAUUCCAGGGGAUCUCGUUCCUGCUCGUCGGGUUGGAUUUGAUCGGCGAACAAAUAGGUUGAUUGUAAAAAAACAAUGUAUGGAUCUCUGUAGGGAAGAACACANAAAAAAUAAAAACCACAGUGGAAUAACUUGAAGAAAAGGGAAGGCUUUUGAGAGUCGAAAGAUGAAGAGAGCCUCAGAAUAUGCUUCAAAAUACGAAUGUGAAGUCCAUUUCAGUUGAAUACAGGCGAAAACAAAGGAGCAUUAUAAGGGGACAGUAGCAAAAGACAUAAUAUUGGACAGAGAUAACGCUUAUUUCAAAGGGCGAUGCUCUUCCAGUGUGUGUAUGUAGGUUUUUUUUUUGUUUUUUUUUUUUUUGGUUUUGUUUCUGAUAAUGUUGUUUCAAUUCGUUUGUUUUUGAUACUUUUGUAAGAAAAAAUUUCAUCAAAAAUAUGAUGAAGAAGAUGAAAGAUGAGAUGGGGACAUAAGAAUUUGGUUCAUAUUUAAUGACAGUUUCUUGUGCCGUGCCUGUUAGACGAACA